AAUACAUUCCACAGGGGUAAAUUGCGCCUGCGUACUGUGCGCUUCCUUUUUGGACCUACGUCUCCAGAACUACAAUGGCCAAGCGCACCAAGAAGGUGGGGAUUGUGGGUAAAUAUGGCACGCGUUACGGCGCGUCGCUCAGGAAGAUGGUGAAGAAGAUUGAGAUCAGCCAGCACGCCAAGUACACCUGCUCCUUCUGUGGCAAGACUAAGAUGAAGAGGAGGGCAGUUGGUAUCUGGCACUGUGGGUCCUGCAUGAAGACUGUUGCUGGAGGCGCCUGGACAUACAACACGACGUCUGCAGUCACAGUGAAGUCGGCCAUCAGGAGACUGAAGGAGCUGAAGGACCAGUAGACUGUUACCGGAGAAUCUGACUGUCACUGUGUACAGUUUGACCUGGACGCGGUGUCGAACAUCUACCACAAUAAAAAGCAGUCUGCAGCGGAACACCAGAGUCUACCUGUA